AUGUCUAAAUUUUCCGCACCGUCCGAGUUGAAUAGAUCUACGCGGUCGAGAUCUUCAUCCUGCUCAUCGAGUUCUGACUCGGGGACGCAGUCGCACCGUCCGUAUCGACCGGAGUCUUUCCGAAGGUCUAGCUCUAGGCACAGCACGGCGCAGAUAGAUAGGAUACAUUCGGGAAGGCACCUGGAUGAUCAGUCCGUGUAUCACAGUGAUCAUGCGCUCGAGACGGAUUCCGAACGGGAGGAGCAGGAGAAGAAUGAAGAGUCGGUGGUCGAGGUGCGCGGGGGGAUCGUGAACGAGCGAGACUGCGACCUGGAAGCCGCUGGUGCUGGUGCGCCGUCGGCGCCGACGUUAGAGAAGGCCCGGACAGCACGGUCUGAAAAUGACCCAAAGCUGGUUACCUGGAAGGGUCCCGAUGACCCGGACAACCCAAAGAACUGGCCGAUGAAGAAGAAAUGGGCCGCCGUGGUUACUGUAUCCUGCUUCACGUUUAUUUCGCCCGUCUCGUCGUCCAUGGUUGCGCCCGCGUUGACGGCCAUCGGCUCUGAUUUCCACAUCACCGAUGAGGUGACGCUGAGCAUGACCUUGUCGGUGUUCGUGCUGGCGUAUGCUGUUGGUCCGCUAUUCCUGGGCCCGUUGUCGGAGAUCUAUGGGCGUGUUAUUGUUCUGCAACUCGCCAAUCUGUUUUAUCUGGUCUUCAAUAUCUGUUGUGGCUUCUCGAAGAACAAGGCGCAGAUGAUCGUCUUUCGGUUCUUGUCGGGCUUGGGCGGCAGUGCUCCGUUGGCAAUUGGUGGUGGCGUACUCUCCGACUGCUUCAAGCCCGAAGAGCGCGGCAAAAGUGUCGCCAUCUACAGUCUUGCUCCACUCCUCGGUCCCGCCGUUGGCCCCAUUGCGGGGGGAUUCAUCGCCGAAAACACUACCUGGCGCUGGGUGUUUUACGCAACCUCCAUCGCCGACGCCGUGAUUCAGGUCGCCGGUCUCUUCUUCCUCCGCGAGACCUAUGCUCCGGUGAUCCUACGCAAACGCGCUCAACGGCUGCGCAAAGAAACGUCCGACGACGCCUACCAGACCGAAUACGAGCGGGCCAACCGCACGCUGGGCGAGGUGAUGCGCAGCGCCCUGAUGCGACCCUUCCGGCUCUUGGGCACCCAGCCCAUCGUGCAGCUGAUGGCUUUGUACCUUGCCUACAUCUACGGGACCAUGUACCUCGUGCUCGCGACCUUCCCCACCCUUUGGACCAGCGCAGACUACUACGACGAAUCCACCGGCAUCGGCGGCCUCAACUACAUCUCGAUAGGGUUGGGUUUCUGGCUCGGCUCCCAGAUCUGCGCCCCGCUCAACGACCGCAUCUACCGCCGCCUCAAAGCCCGCAACGCCGGCGUCGGCCGUCCCGAGUUCCGCGUCCCGCUGCUCUACGUCGGUGCCGUCUUCGUCCCCGCCGGGCUAUUUAUCUAUGGCUGGACCGCCGAGACGCACCGCCACUGGAUUGCGCCUAAUAUUGGAGCUCUGCUAUACGGCCUGGGCACAAUUAUCACCUUCCAGUGCGUGCAGACUUACAUCGUCGACUCGUACACGCGCUUCGCGGCUAGUGCCCUGGCGGCCGUCGCCUGUAUGCGUUCCUUAGCGGGCUUUGGAUUUCCGCUGUUUGCGAACUAUAUGUACCAGGCGCUUGGGUAUGGGUGGGGCAAUAGCCUGUUGGCGUUCGUAUCGAUUGGUUUGGGAUUGCCCGCGCCGCUGCUGUUGUGGCGGUUUGGGGAGCGGCUAAGGAAGAUGAGUCCAUACGCGGCGGGUUGA